UUGCGUACUAGCGUGGGCCGCUCCCGGCCGCGUGCGGACAGAAUGUCUGCGCAAGCGCCGAGGCACGGGAGCUUAGCUGGCUCGCUACCGCGCAUGAGUGCCCACUAGAGGGUGGGUGCUGGGGUUGAGGCUGUGGAUUAAUGCUGUAGGUGAGAUCAUGAGGUUCUGUUUUGUCCAUCGGUUCUUGUCCUACUGUGAAGGCCAAGAAAGGCAUGGCACCAUACCUGUUGCUGUUGAGAUGGAGCAGCACACUAGUAACUCUACUAAGGAAAAAGCCAAAGAGGAAGAUAACAUUGUGAGUCUUUGUCGAGCAAAACCCUCCCCCAGUUACAUUAAUCUUCAAGCAAAUUCCCCACCAGCUAAUUUCUUGAACAUCCAGACAAAGCUGCCUUCAGGAGCUGGUCAGAAGCCCAAGGAAUGCCUAGGACUCCUCGAGUGCAUGUAUGCCAACCUCCAGCUCCAGACCCAGCUUGCUCAGCGACAGAUGGCUGUUUUGGAAAACUUGCAGGCAUCCCUCUCACAGCUGGGUUCUGGGAGGGAGAGCAAGAACUGUUCUCUCCCGGGCUUAUGUUGCAAUCUGUUGUUAAAUCACCUGCCCCAAUUCCAUAAAUGAGCUGUUGAACAAA